CAAAUUUCAUUAUGCUGUAAACUUGCAGUCACUGUCACUGCCUCUGUCCUCGAGGCUUCAAUGCACAAGGAUUCGGCACUAUCCCCUCCAGGUAAUGUAGAACCUUCCUCUUGACCAGCAAGAUGUCUUCUCGACCAUACUUCGAGACUGUCAAAUCAUUUGUAGACGUUCCAAUCACCGUUAAUGGUGUGGAAACCUCGGUUUUUUUGGAAGCCUCUGAAGGGCUCGUUCAAUUGUUCGAUUUGCUUGGCUCAGGCGUAUUCGGUUUUGUUCAGAGUGAUAUAAAGGGCAAUAUAGGGGGUGUACGAACUCGCUACCAGGCUGAUUCUUCGCGUUGCUCCACACUUGAGAAUCUUGUCAGAAGCGAAGCAUUAUUAGAGCAUCGACAUGGCACCGGUUGUCUGAUACGCCUGACCCGUGGUUUGACAUUCCUAUGUAAAGCUCUUCAACACAUGCAGAAUGAUCCUUCGAUAGAGUUGCACGUGUGCUUCAAACGUUCAUACGACGAAGUCUUAAGACCCCAUCAUACUUUUUUCGUACGGUCUCUAGCCGCCGUUGCUGUUCGGGCAGCGCCGUAUCGCCGUGACUUCUAUGCUCGUAUAUCGCAAGGAGCGCCCAUGGAAAAAUUAGACGCGGAGCUAGCAAAAUGGCUGUCUGGACUUGAUGUAAUUGUGAAGCGCCUCAAGAGGUUCAUCGAGGAAGAAGGAUACGGAAGGAUAUGAUGUGGUGAUAAUUCUGUGGAG